GAGAUGAGCGGCGAGGUCUUUGGUUCCUUCCCCUUCGAAGGCAUUCUGGGCUUAGCGUUUCCUUCGCUCUCCUUUGGUGGCAUUGAGCCCUUCUUCGAGCGCGUCAUCAGGAAGAAGCUGCUGAAGAACAAUGAGUUUGCCUUCUACCUCAAUGCAGAAAGCUCGCAGCCGAGCGCGCUGCUCUGGGGGGGCGUGGACAAGGGCCUCUACGAGGGAAGCAUCGUCAUGGUCCCCGUGGUGCUGCCGCACUAUUGGGCGCUGGAGUUGGUCGACUUCAG